AUGUAUUCAAGAUCUCCAACAACUCAGUGGAAGAAAGACGCUGGGAAUCAAACUGAUGACACCGAUUCUGAGCCUCAAAUGAGCUAUGAGGGUGUUGGUUCUGAUGCUGUGGAUACCGAGAUGAAAGAUGUUGUUGUCUCUUCUCCAGAGGAUAAACUCACUCAGCCUGAAGGACAACCCUCUCUCUCUGAUGCCACACGAUCAGGAAGUGAGGAUGAGAAAUCUACUAAAGAUGCUGUGACUCGUGGAAUGGACGAUAAACCGGUUUCUCACGUUGGUGACGUGCCAGAGGAGCUUCAGCUAGAGUUUGGUGAUAAGAAAAUGUGUGCUUCAGCCGUUGCUAGUGAAACAAACCAUGAUCAUUCUGCUUCAUCAAAAUGUGAAUUUGUUUGA